AAAACAGAACAGUUACUUCCUCAGGGCAAAUACUUUAGUAGCCCUCUGAGUAAAAAGUAGGCUAUUAAAAAUUGGUCAAACUCCGUGCGUUUCAAAUGGAGCUCUCGGAUUGGUGGAGACAUCCAUACAGCGCGUGUGGGCAACAAACACACUUCCUCUUCAGAGCGGGAUGGGGGGAGUUUCUGCAAUUUGAAUGUUCCUCUCCGGGCUGCUUAAAAUAAACACAGUAGCUGAGAAUUUUUGUUAUAUUUGUGUUUAUUGUGUUUAUAGAGAAGAUGGAUUAUAGCAGACAUCACUCGCAAUAUACGGACAUCAGAGAAAGGAAGAGACUUCACAGGGAAUCCUUCAGGUUGCAGGAUCCAUUGCUUCCAAAGGGGCCGUCAACAAGGAAGCCGUGUAGAGAAGGAACCAGGCACACAAACUGCAGAGAGAGGAGAUCUUCAGUGCGACACAUCAAAUCCGUCAGGGACAAAAGGCCAUUGGCUGCAAGCCAGCAGGAAAAUCUCAAUGCCAGAAGGCCUGCUGAGAGGAACUGGGGGAAAGCUGUUAUCCAAAGUUCAUCAGCUCAAGUUAAAGUGGCUUCACUGGUCAAAACUGCUGUAAAGAACAAUACAGAACCUGCUCGCAAAAAGAGGAGGAAAAUUCACCCGUCUGGUUUUGAAGGAAAAGGUCAACUCAAACUAACAGUUACUCCGGGAAGUGGGUGGCUCUAUGUUCAAAUUUUAGAGACCAGAGGACUCAUGGCAAGAGAGUACAGACCAUGUGACUCAUAUGUGAAGAUUUGCAUUGCUCCAGAUGUGGACCACAGCAAGAGAUGGAAGACCAGGACUGUUCUGGACUGCAAGAGUCCUGUUUUCAAUGAGACGUUUAUGUUAGAUGUGGAUGAAGACGAUCAGAAGAAGAGGUUGUUGUUAACAGUAUGGAAUCGCAAUCGAACUUCCAGGCGCAGUGACUUCCUGGGCUGUAUGAGUUUUGGUGUCCACUCCCUCAUCACCUCAUCUAAGGAGAUCAGAGGUUGGUAUUAUCUCCUGGGAGAGGAGCUAGGCAGGAGCAAACAUCUAAAAGUGGCCUCACGUCGCAUCAGACCGACUGCUGAAGCUGCUGCAUCCAACUAUGAAGCUGGACCCAAGACCACAAGUCCAGAGAACAUGCAGUCAUUUACAGUGACCAUUUUGAGAGGAAAAGAUGGUUUUGGCUUCACCAUCUGCUCUGACUCGCCUGUACGGGUCCAGGCUGUUGAUCCAGGUGGUCCGGCUCACCAGGCUGGCUUGCAGCAGCUGGACACAGUAUUGCAGCUGAACGGCCAGCCGGUUGAACACUGGAAGUGUGUGGACCUGGCUCAUGCCAUCAGGAAUUGUCGAAAUGAGAUCACAGUGGUGGUAUGGAGGACAGUGCCUAUUAUGAAGCCUUACUACGAGGGUCUUAUCCACAGACCUUCCUACAAACCCUCCGGAUUUGAUUCUCAAUCUUCAACUGCAAAGACACAAAACAAAACCCCACCUUUACUCUCUCGACCCACCAAUCACAAACAGGGUCGUCGUAAAAAAGGAAGUGGCCCUGAUAACGCAGGAAAUGGAAUAGGAGAGUCACUGUGGUCUUGGACUGGCAAACGAGAAGAAAAUGACUACAAAACACGCACCCAGACCCUCAAAGGUACCCGUGUGACAUCAUCAAACGGCGACAACUACAUCAUCCUCUCCCCUGUCAGCCCGGGAAACCAGAUAUUGCAGCCAGUGUACUCUGACUCCAAUGGCACACUGGGAACUCUAGGAAGGAUCUAUCAGACUAGCAGAGGACUGCAGCAGAGUCCAGACUACCUGCAGGAUGGUGGACUGCGCGCACAAGCCACCUUGUGCAGGUCUAUGAGCAGUAAGACCACAACAAUGCCUCCCUCAUCCUACAGACAGAGCUUUGCCAACUACCAGAACUGCACCAUUGUCCAGUCCCACCUGCCUCACUCCAACUAUGGCACAUAUGUCAGUCUGGCCCCUAAGAUUCUCAUCUUCCCUGUUUUUGUUCAGCCACUGGACCUGUGCAGCCCUGAGAGAGUCCUGAUUUUAUCAGAGGAAAUGAUCCUUCAUGACAGUAAACACGUAUCUCUUAAGGCUACAGUAUUCAUCUACACAGACCUGAUGCUGUUGACCAGGGAAGAUGAACCAAGUCGCUGUAAUGUACUACAGUCUCCACUCUACCUCCAUCAGAUACAGCUGCAGGACGUUCCUGCAGACAAACUGCGGCUGUACAUCUCCUACUGGAUAGAGAGGACCGAGUGUCUGUUCAGCCUGGAAGCUUUUUCAUCCGAGCAGAAGAGGAGGGUCGUCCAGUGUCUGAGAGACAAUAUUGACAAGCAGCUCACCCUGAGAGACAGAAUAGGCCCUGACCAGAUGUUGGAACCAAAUGCAGGCGAACAGACUGAUCUGGGUCUGCUGGGCUUCAGCCCGCACAGUGUGUCUGAGCCCUGUUCCCCAUCAUGCCCAUCUGCAUCGCCUAUCAUGAGGAGAACAAACUGCAGUUCUCCAACUCAGCAGCUCUCUUACCCAGAUCUGCACAGCUGCACCGGAGAUGCCAACCAAACCGCUACGACCCCUCGAGAAGCCUGCAAACCUCCAUACAUGGAGACCUCAGAGAUCUGGAAGGAGAGACAGAAGGAGGUGAAAAGAGGUGGGCAAGAGUCAGAACUGGAGAAAAGGGAGCAGGGGGAGGGUGAGAGCGCUUCCGAGACCAUUAGCGUUGGUGCCAGACCCACAUCUUCAUCGUCAUCUUCCUCCCCUCUAGUCAUUCCUAAGCUGUGCCUGGAUCGCUCCUUCAACACAGAUGCUUUGACCUCACCGUCGACUGACGAUGAUGAGGAGGAAGAGGAAGAAGAUGACGAAGACAGCGAUGAAGGAUUUCUGAAGAGGAGGAGUAUGGUGGAAUCAUCUCCUUGCAGUGGGGAGCAGAGCGGGGGCUUGUGUGUGCAGAGGUCCCUCCACAGACGGACGCACAGUGAGGGCAGUUUGCUGCAAGAGCCCCGGUCUCCUCGCUUCAUCUCCGAUCAGGCCAUCGACUGCAUAGAGACCAAGCGGGAACCUCCUGAGCGCUGGGCAGUCCCGUCUCCACAGACCUUGAGGAAAGAGCUCACCAAGAACGGAGGAUCUGUCCACCAGAUAUGCCUGCUCUUCACUGGAAGGAGGGUUUGUGGCAAACCAAACUGUAAAUGUGACAUGGGAAAAACUGGUGUCAAAAAGAAGAAAUCUAAGAAUCUGGCCAAAGACAUGAAAAACCGCCUGACUUUUCUGCGGAAGAAGACCAACGACAGACAUAUAAGCAAUCCAGCCAACAAGCUUGAGAAAGUCUUCAAGUCAGACAAACCGACUCCAGAGGAAGCUCUCAAAUGGGCAGAGUCGCUCGAUGCGCUGCUUUCUCACAAAUAUGGCCUGGUAGUUUUCCGCUCCUUCCUGCAAACAGAGUUCAGUGAAGAGAAUCUAGACUUUUGGCUGGCAUGUGAGGACUUCAAGAGGAUCAAAUCACUGUCCAAAAUGGCAUCCAGAGCAAAGAAGAUAUUCACUGAGUACAUCUCCAUACAGUCCUGUAAAGAGGUUAAUCUGGAUUCUUACACAAGGGAGCACAUCAAGGGAAACAUGGAGAACAUCUGCGGAGACUGCUUUGACCUGGCUCAGAGCAGAAUCUUUGGACUAAUGGAAAGAGACUCGUACCCUCGAUUCCUCCGCUCUGACAUUUACAUGGAAUUAACCAACCAAAAGAGACCCUGCUCUGCCACAGAUCCAUCUUAAAGCUAUGGCAAUGAACUGUAUAUGUUGAAACUGUUUAGAUCAGAUCAGAUUAGUAUUGCUGGAGACAUGACAUGGAUUUAGUAGAACAGGAUGUGUCUACAAUCACAUUAUCCACUGAUGCACAGCUUUACAUUGAAGCAUCAGUCUGCUAAGCACCUUGGAGAGCUCAGCCCAUUGGAUCAUUGCAUGGACACAUUGUCUUUGGACGCUUCUGUGCUGCACCCUGUUGGACAGUUGUGGCAAUCAGAUGGUGAUAAAUGUGUUAUGAACAUGCUGGAAGUGUUGACUGGAAUUAAUUUGCCAGUGCCUAAAACGCCUCAGCACCUAUUGACCCAGUGGCCGUACAGGGAGGGUGCAAAGAUUGAUGGGUAUAGGAUCAAGAGAAAUGUUGGUACCAUUUUGUUUAGCUUUACUAAGAUACAUUAUUUCACUUACCUUUCCUGCACAGACCUCAACAUACUCCACCUUUACAAAGAGCCCAGUUUUAUGUUAAUGAGUGAGAUGAUAUUGGACAAAAGUAAGUAUUAGUUAACAUUAAUGUCCUUUUUUAUAUCGGGCACAGUUGACAGCAUGUUUAUAUUCUCUCAGUACUAGUGUUGAAAAUAUUUACAGACAGACAUUUUUAUUACUUUCAAGGGCUUUGGUAACUUUUCCACAUUUCCACUUCCAACUUUUCUUUAUGUAGUGGAGGCAAAUCAAGUGCCCAAAUUCAUGGCUUCUACCCCUUUCAUUUCACAAGUCAUGCAAUAUACAGUUAGUUAUUCUUAUUAACAUUUCUUUAACAAAAACAGUAUAUUAAAGGGGUCAAAAGUAUAUAUAUGUAUGUAUAUAUAUAUAUAUAUAUAUAUAUAUAUAUACGUAUAUAUACACAUGCAUAAUGCAUCAAAGGCUCAGUAAGAAAAUGUGAUUGCUGUUGUAAAUAACAGAGGCUGAGAUAUAUUGAAUAAUAGUUAUAGUGAAGUUAAAAGUCUAAAAGUAUUUUGUUUGUUUUUGUUGAUGUUCGUCGGUUGUUCACACAAGAAACCAGAAUAACAUAACAAAAAGAUGUCAGAAUUUCUGUUUAACAGUGGCUUAACAUACAGGAACAUGUGUUGUACAUAGAUGUAGGUGUUCUGUGUUUAUUUACCAGUUAGCUCAUUGGGAGACUCAUGUUUGGAAAAUACAAUGUCAGUUUCCUUCUGCCUUCACCCUAACAAUGUCCUUCCUUCUGUAAUAAAUAUCCCUUGUAUUUAUUUGUGGGUUCAUAUUUCACUCACUGUUGCCUUUAUAUGUAACAUAUUCUCAUCAAAUAAAAAUACUUUCAAUCAUGA